CUCUCUGCCUCUCUGCCCGUCUCUCUCUUUCUCUCCGCGGGGCGACAGCGCGGAUCGUCGUCGCCUUGCAAAUUACACGCGGGCUGAGUCACUGCCCCGAGUUCAACGAUACGCGCGCGUAUUUCUCUCCCGUCCUCGCGCGACUCCAAGGAAGGCCUGCGUCUGCGUGGAGAUUCGGCCGGAGUUGUUUGCUUUACCUCGGCACCGCCAACAAGUGACGUUUACGUACCUUUCAUGUAUCCCGUGUAUUACAUAAGAACUGAAAAUACUGCCGGGGCCGCGCGUGAACGCGCGUUCACGCCGCUCUACCGCCUCCCGCGACGUUCGCGAGAAAGUAUGGAGCGUCUGUCGGGCGUCGCGGUUACGCCUCGCCCGAGCCUGUGCUGCAUUUAGCCCCGCGCCCGUGCCCGAUAGCUUUUGAUGCGACAGCAACGGUACAUUGUUGAGGCACAGUGAUCCACAGCUCCUGCGCGGAGAGAUGGACGCGGUGUGCGACGAGGACAGGCGGAGACGCCUGCGGUCUCUGGAGGAGCGCAUAAGGGAUCCGAGGAGCGUCACGAACAUCGACUGCCUGCUGGACACGGUUCAGGCCCUGGUAACGGAUUGCGACCAUGCGAGCGUCAAGCGUAUGAAAAAUAUAGAAGCUUAUAUGAACAGAUAUGACUCUGUGGCCCAGGAGAUUUAUAAAAUGCGAAUGCGCACGGACGACUUCACUUUGAUAAAAGUGAUCGGCCGCGGCGCGUUCGGGGAGGUGCAGUUGGUCAGACACAAAUCCACGCAGAGAGUCUACGCUAUGAAAUUACUUAGUAAAUUCGAAAUGAUCAAAAGGUCGGACUCCGCAUUCUUUUGGGAGGAGAGAGACAUAAUGGCUCACGCGAACUCGCCGUGGAUAGUCCAGCUCCACUUUGCGUUCCAAGACCAGAAGUAUCUCUACAUGGUGAUGGACUACAUGCCGGGCGGGGAUCUUGUCAACUUGAUGUCGAAUUACGAGGUGCCGGAGAAAUGGGCCAAGUUUUACUGCGCCGAGGUGGUGCUCGCACUGGACGCGAUACACAACAUGGGCUUCGUUCACAGAGACGUGAAACCGGACAACAUGUUGCUCGACAGGCACGGCCACCUGAAGCUCGCUGACUUUGGCACGUGCAUGAGGAUGGAUGCUGACGGUUUAGUACGGUCCGAUACCGCGGUUGGUACACCCGAUUACAUAUCUCCGGAGGUUCUGCAGUCGCAAGGUGGCGAAGGGGUGUACGGCCGCGAGUGCGAUUGGUGGUCCGUGGGCGUGUUUCUUUACGAGAUGCUGUUUGGCGACACACCGUUCUUCGCGGACUCUCUGGUCGGCACGUAUUCCAAGAUCAUGGACCACAGGAACUCGCUCUACUUCUCUCAGAACGUCGAGAUAUCUCACUCGGCGAAGAACUUGAUAUGCGGUUUCCUCACCGAUAGGACGAAGCGCCUGGGUCGCAACGGCGUCGACGAGAUCAAGAGCCAUCUGUUUUUCAAGAAUGACCAGUGGACCUUUGACAAUCUGAGAGAAUGCGUGCCGCCGGUGGUGCCCGAGCUCUCCGGGGACGACGACACCAGCAAUUUCGACGAUGUCGACAAGGAGGACGGGCCGGAGGAGAGCUUUCCGGUACCCAAAGCUUUUGCCGGGAAUCACCUGCCAUUUAUCGGCUUCACUUACUCAGCUGAUUACCAGCUAAUGGUUGCUCACGGCAAGGAAUCUGUGGACGGUCUCGAGAAUCAUGUCAACAACGGUACUACUGACGACGUGAAGAUCUCGCAGCUGGAGAAUUUGCUGGAACGCGAGAGGCGGCAGGUAGAGACGAUGGAGUCGAGGCAGAAAGCGCUGAACGCCCAGUUGGACGCGAUGGCGUGUCGAGAGGCCGAGCUGCGCGAGGAAGUCGGCAGGGCGGACAAGGAGUUGACAUUACUCAGGCACAACUAUAAGGAGGCGCAGCGCAGAGUGGAGCACGAAACUGAGACUCGUCGUAAGGCGGAGUCGCUGUUGGUGGAAGUGAAGAAGAAGUUUGACGAGGAGCAGACGAGACGGGCGCGGGAUGUCAGUAAUUCGCAGCAGACGUCCGAGCGAGUGACGACAUUGGAGAAACAGAUCAAGGAGAUGCAAUGCAAAUUGGAGAGAGAAACGGAAACUGUCACGAGGAUGCGCAAGCAAGCGACGGAGAUCACCGUGGCGCGCCAAGCCGCCGAGCAAAUGGCGAACGAGUUGCAAGUCGCUAGAGCCCAGCUGCAAGCGCAACGUGACAACUUGCAGCAGGAAGUUGCCAGUCUCCAGGGCCAACUUUCCAAGGAACGUAGUUCAAGGUCGCAAGCGUCAUUGUUGACGGCGGAAUUGGAGACUCGUCUUUCUGCCUUGCAUCUCGAGCUAGAACACAGUCAUGAGAAAGAGGAGAAGGCGACUCUGGACAAUAGGCAGCUAACCGAAAGAGUUUCCGCGUUGGAGAAGGAAGCUGCUAGUUUAACCGUGGAACUCAAGGCGGCUCAAGCCAGGUACAAUCAGGAAGUUGUGGCGCACCAGGAGACGGAACGUUCGCGCAUCCUCUCCAAGGAGGAGGCCAAUCUGGAGGUUGUUAAAGGGCAGACGAACGGAAUUUUCGAAGUAAAACUAAACGAGGAGAAAAGUGGAAGACAACGUGCGGAAUUACUUGCGCAGGAAAAGGAACGUCAGACGUCAAUGCUCUCGGUCGAUUACAGACAGAUACAGCAAAGAUUGCAGAAAUUAGAGGGCGAGCACAGGCAAGAGAUGGAGAAAGUCAAGGUUCUGCAGGGCCAGGUUGAGCAGGAGCAGCAGAAAAGGAACGUUCUGCAGACCGAUUUAGGGCAGCAAACGUCCGAAGCCGGCAGGCUUCGCGCUCGCGAGCAACAAUUGGUCGGUGAGGUUGCUCAGCUGAGAGAAGCUAAACGGCAAAUAGAAGAAGAGUUACAUCACUUGAAAACACAAAGAAACAUCGACCAGCUGCAGACGAAAGAAUUGCAGGAGCAAUUGGAGGCUGAAGCUUAUUUCUCGACUCUGUACAAAACACAGACGCAAGAGCUGCGCGAAGAGUUGGAUGAGAAGAUGAGAUUGCAGCAGGAAUUGGAAGAGGAACGUAGUUCUCUGGUGCAUCAGCUGCAGUUGUCCUUGGCGCGCGGUGACAGCGAGGCUCUGGCCAGGUCCAUAGCCGAGGAGACUGUGGCGGACUUGGAGAAAGAGAGAACUAUGAAAGAGCUGGAGUACAAAGACGGAGUGACCAAGCAUCACCAAGAACUGAGCGCGAAGGAGCAGAUCAUAAACAGACUUAAGGAGAAUGAGAGUGAAUUCAAGAAAUCGGUCGAGCUGACUUUGAAGGAGAAAGAGGACGUGGCCAAGCGAUAUAAGGAAGUGCAGGAACAACUCGGUAAAGCGCAGUUCAACGUGGAGGAAAUCGAUAAGCUGAGCAGCAAGCUGAAGACCGAGCAGCUGUUAAAGCAGCAGGCGGUUAACAAGCUGGCAGAGAUCAUGAAUCGGAAGGACCUUUCGUCGAGCGGGAAGAACAAGAAUAAGGCGUCCGCCGCAGAUCUGAGAAAGAAGGAGAAAGAUUGCAGGCGUCUGCAGCAAGAACUCACUCAAGAGAGGGAGAAGUACUCUCAGCUGUCGGCUAAAUGGCAGAAGGAUUUGCAGGAUAUGCAAGCGCAACUCGUGGAAGAAAAUCAGGCGAAGCUGAGACUGCAGAUGGAACUUGACUCGAAGGACUCGGAGAUAGAGACGUUGCAGAUGAAAAUCGCGUCGCUCAACUCGGAGACCGCGAGUGUCUCGUCAAUAGAGAACGACGACGGCGAGGACUCGGUCCUGUCCGAGCACGGUGCAAUGAGAUUAGAGGGUUGGUUAAAUGUGCCAAAUAAGCAGAACAUUAAGCGGCAUGGUUGGAAGAAGCAGUACGUCGUUGUUUCCUCCAAAAAGAUAAUCUUCUACAACAGCGAGAAUGACAAAAUGAACGCCGACCCGGUCUUGAUAUUAGACUUGAACAAAGUCUUCCACGUUAGAUCUGUUACUCAGGGUGAUGUUAUCCGAGCCAAUGCCAAAGAUAUACCCAGAAUAUUUCAGUUACUCUAUGCUGGUGAAGGUGAAGCGAGGCGGCCCGGUGACGAGGGCAAUACACUGCCUGGAGUGGAUUUACCACAGCUCACAGACAAACCCGGCACUCAGUCGCUGAAGGGCCAUGAGUUCGUGUCAAUAUCUUAUCACAUGCCGACGACCUGCGAGGUCUGUUCGAAGCAACUCUGGCACAUGUUCCGGCCUUCGCCGGCCCUCGAAUGCCGAAGGUGCCGCAUUAAGGUUCACAAGGAGCAUUUGGAUAAGAAAGAAGAUGCCAUAGCCCCGUGCAAACUGCACUACGAUCCGAACAGCGCCCGCGAGUUACUGCUGCUUGCGGCGAAUCCCGAGGAUCAGAAGUACUGGGUCUCGCGGUUGUCCAGGCGCGUCCAGAAAUGCGGCUACAAGGCGAACUCGCAUGUGGACGGCACGGGACAGCGUGUCUCGCCAAGGGAAUCCACAAGGUCGACCUUGAAGCCAUAUUUAUCGGUGCAACAACGAUCAGCAACAUUGCCGGCGAACGCCAGUAUGGGCAAGUGAUCCUGGAAAACGUUAGUACUGACGAUGCUGGGAAGACUCCGCUCACGAUCUGAUGCCCCGCUUCCCUCGACAACGACGUCAGCGGGGACCGUGCGGGCCGUCGUAACCGAUUACGACCUCGCGAUUCUCUCUGCGCACCUGGCGACUUAAGUAGACUGUCAAUAAUUUCCUAGAUCGAGAGUAAUCGAAAUAGCGAUCGCGAUCGUAAUGUUACUGUUUGCAGCUAAGAGUAAGCGAGACUCCAAGUUCGAGAAAACGCUGGAGAAAACAGGGUUACUUAUAUACCGGGUGAUACGAGAUACGAUACGAUAUGGUACGGGAGGGAGGGAUUGAGAGAGAUAGGACACCGGCCGUGUCCGCCGUCUCUUUGCGCGCCAUUGUCGUUUCCCGGAGCGAUAACGCGGGUAUCACGCGGAUACGCUUCUUCGAGAUCCGCCAGAUCGUUUUAUCGUGAGCGACGGUAAAAUAAUGUAACAAUCUGUUUGUACGUUGUUCAUGAUACUCACGAUAGACUGUAGAACGUUCCUUCGACGGACGAUCGAAUUUCCGCGGUGAUUUUCCCGAUUGAAACUAUACUCGACUUUGUACGCACAUUUCUUACUGCCUUUGAUAACGAUUAACGGCGAAUCUUGAUGGAAACUUUUAGCUUAAGGCAUUUUUUUUGGAUGCUUUAAAACCGAAAUUUCGGAAACUUAUAGUAAAGAGUAUAGUAUUUUGAAAUUGUUUUAUGUACACACUAUAUAUAUAUAGUAUAUAUUAUAUACAUAUAUAGAAUGUUUUCCGAGAACGUGUGUGUCAGUAGGUAUACGCGCGGGAGUCUUGCUUUUAACGUAACUUGCGUCUUAGAGCGGAUUUAUUUAACGUUUUGAUAUUCGAGGUGUUUCCGGGGGGGAAAAGUUAUGUUUUUCGAGGGAGGUGUAAAUAAACUGAGCACGCGUCCGAGGAUCAACGUUUUUCUUUUGUUUUUAUCGAAGUCUGGCACGUGAGUCGGCUCCGCGGACAUUGCGAGGGAGAAGCAAUAUCGCAAGAUUGACCAGCGUGGUAGCACAUGUAAGGAGUAUGCGAAUACACAGUGGCGAGUGCCAGCUUGUAUAGUAGGGAUAAGGAUUACGGCUGUAAGUGUAUGAAUUUUUAUUACGACGAUAUACGAGCUAAUGACGUCCGCUGUAUCCUGACAGAAAGAGAAAGAGAGACAGAAAGAAAGGGAAAAUGAGGGAAGAGAGAAAGAGAGGACGAACGAAGAAAUUCGUGCACAAUCGAGAGGCUUAGAAGUUUCAUCAUGGUGCCAUACGGCUCGGCCAUUCUUGGCAUCGAAAGAGGCGAGGAAACGAGAGAGAGAGAGAGAGAGA